AUGGAGAGAAAAUUUAUUAAUGUUAUUCUACUCGGUUUUGGAUUUAUGUUUGUGUUUACUGCAUUCCAAACUAUGGGAAAUAUUGAGAAAACGAUAUUGGACAGUAUCAAACAGGAUGAUUCUUCGUUCACCGGUGAUGGCUAUACAUCACUAGCUAUCAUCUACGCCACGUUGGCCAUAUGUAAUUGGAUGGCGCCAUCUGUUAUCACUAUCACAGGACCAAGAGGCGCCAUGCUUAUAGGAGCUGUCACUUAUUUGUUCUUCAUAGUGACGUUCCUUUUCCCGCGCACAUGGCUGCUCUACGUCGCGAGUGUUUUGAUAGGGGCGGGCGCAGCGGCCAUAUGGACCGGCCAAGGGAACUAUCUUACUCUGAACAGCGAUGGGGAGACUAUAUCGAGGAAUUCUGGAGUCUUCUGGGCUAUGCUGCAAUGCAGUUUAUUCUUCGGUAACCUGUUCGUGUUCAUAAAGUUCCAAGGCAAGUCCCACAUCGAUCUCCACACACGUAACGUAGUGUUCGGAGUAUUGACUGCUGUAUGCGCGCUGGGUAUAAUCUUCCUGAUGAUGCUGCGACCUACUAGAAGAAAUAUUGAUGAUGUAAAGAAUGAGAUGACCUUAAAGGAGGAAGGUCCGAUGGAGGCGUUCCGCGGAGCUAUCAGACUGUUCUGUACCGGCGACAUGAUGUUACUGAGCGCGGCAUUUAUAUACACAGGUGUGGAGCUAUCAUUCUUCAGCGGUGUAUACAGUCCAAGUAUCGGCUUCACCCUCGCUAUGGGUGAGAACGCCAAGCAACUGGUUGGACUGUCAGGAGUAUUCAUAGGACUUGGAGAGGUUCUAGGAGGAGCAUUAUUCGGUAUCCUGGGCAGUAAAACGACUCGCUGGGGUCGCGACCCCAUCGUCAUAAUGGGUUACCUCAUCCACAUGACGAGUUUCUUCCUCAUUUUCAUCAACCUGCCCAACCUGGCGCCAUUCGGGGACACAACAGACACUUCAUACAUCACUCCCUCGCCGUACCUCGCGAUGCUUUGCAGUUUCCUCCUAGGUUUUGGAGAUGCGUGCUACAACACACAGAUAUACUCCAUCCUUGGUGGGAAAUACGCUGAUAAUAGUACAUCCGCCUUCGCUCUGUUUAAAUUCACACAGUCACUCGCCGCCGCUGCCUGCUUCUUCUAUUCAUCCCGGGCUCCGCUAUCAGUUCAACUAGGAGUCCUAGCGGUAAUAGGAACAGCUGGUACAGCGGCUUUCUGUCGCGUGGAGUGGGCAGCGCGCUCCGUAGCACGUGCGGCCGCUCGGGCUGCCCUCGCGCCACUGGCGCCCGGAGAGAAACCCGCAUCCAGGGAGGUCGAGGACUCGCUACACUAUGACUGA